AACCAACUUCUUUCUUUCUUUCUUCAUUUGACAACAAUCGAAGUAAUCGAUUAUCAUAUCAACAAUCGAUUUCAGAUAAUAAUAAUAAUAAUGUACUUAGCAAGCAUGCAGAUAAUAGAUAUAUGAUUAUUGAAUAAAGUUCCAUAGGCAUAGGUGGCUGUAAUGUCUGACAGUGGCUUAAACGGUGGAUGGAGUGGAUUCAAAUGAGUCUGAUGGUUGACGGUAAAAACAAGUGUCGUGCUUGAAGACGGAGGGCACUAUGUCGCCACGAAUAUUCUACCAAAUAUUUCAUCUUCGACAUUCGUGAGUCAUUCUCUGAAAACAAAUAGGAUCAUUGUUCGUAAGAUCCUAACUGUCAUGCUGGUAAUCGCGGCACGCCAAAAUCUGGCCGAUAUAUAAAUAGCUCAGCUUAUCGGGCUUCAGUGCGCGAUGAUGUUCGCAUAGUGAGAUCAUGCAAGCAAUAUGAAGGAUAUCGCCAUUCGUCGUACAAACUCUUACGAACUCUAGGAAUGCGAAAGGAAUCCUAUCAUGAGAGCGGACUGAUUUCUCAUUUUCAGCCGAAAGUGCCUCGCAGACGGGAAAUCGGAAAAUAAACGGUGAACUGUGUCAUAUAUCGCAAGAUUAAUUUCGAUCAAGUGUCAAACAGCAACCAUGAAGAAACAGUUUUUUAGAGUAAAACAGCUCGCUGAUCAGACUUUUUCCAGAGCUGGGAAAACGGAAGUAUUGACAGACGAUUUGCAAGCUGCAGACAAGCACGUGGAACAAAUUAGAGCAGCUCUUAAUGGAUUAAAUAAACGUUUUGGAAAUCUACCGAACCAAACAGUUGCACAAGAUCCAACAUAUAAAGAAAAGCGUCUAAAAAAGUGUCCAGAAUGGGUAUUAGGACAGACGAUGUUGGAAACUGCGGGAGAGGAAAGUCUCUUGAGUUUUGUAAUGUCAGAAUGUGGUCGAGCACAAGUGGCCUUAGCCUUCGAAACCGUCGAACACGAAUCGAAGCUGGAACAAUAUGUAGCCGCCCCUCUUUUGCACAUUUUAGAAACUGAUGUUCCAAAUAUUCUAAAACACAAAAGAAAUCUGCAACGCUUGAUAUUGGAUAUGGAUAGUGCGAGAACGAGAUAUCAACAGGCCAGUAAACAUAAUGCCGGUGGAACUGGAGCCACGAAAGUUGAUAGUUUAAAAGACGAACUGGAAGAAGCUGAGGCAAAAGUUGAGCAAUGUCGCGACCAAUUAGCAGCUGAGAUGUUUCAGUUGAUGUCCAGGGAGACUGAACUUGCCCAAAUAAUAAUUCAGUACAUGAAACUCCAACGAGCAUAUCACGAAAGUACUUUGCACUGUCUGGAGGAUCUUAUUCCAGGACUAGAGAGCUAUAUCAACGACAAUGAAAUGAAACCCGUAUAUGGCUAUUCUCUAGAAGAGCAUUUGCGAGUGACAAACAGAAAAAUAGCGUUGCCAAUUCAACUGUGCGUCUCAACACUCUUAAGACUGGGAAUGGAAGAAGAGGGGCUUUUUAGGAUAGCAGGAGGGGCAUCGAAACUUCGACGAAUUAAGCUAAGUUUAGAUGCUUGUUGCCUCAAUUUGCCAACUGCUCUUGAGUAUAAGGAUCCGCACGUGAUUUCUGGAGCACUGAAAUCUUACUUAAGAGAGUUGCCUGAACCUUUACUUACUUAUAAGUUGUAUCCCGAAUGGAUGGCAGCUGCGAAAAUAGUUCAAAGCGAAGCCAGGCUAAGAGCUCUCUGGGAGGUGUUACACAAGUUACCGCCACCAAACUUAGAAAAUUUAAGGUUCCUGAUAAAAUUUCUAGCAGUGCUAACCAAAAAUCAGGAUGUUAAUAAAAUGACUCCACACAACGUUGCCAUUGUGAUAGCUCCAAAUUUAAUUUGGAGUCCUCCAGAGGAUUCGAAUCCCAUGGCAAUGGAGAUGAGUACAGCAAAUAAUUCUAGUCUUAUAGUAGACCAGCUGGUGACUUAUGCCGAUUGGUUUUUUCCUGGAGAGAUAGAUUUCGACCGCGACUUAGACGUAGGAAUUAUAAACGGUUCAGAAAACCACGUGGUCGGAAUGCGGCGCUGUGUGUCAAAUAGCAGCCUUAGUGACUUGGGAGAAAGUCCACCUCAGGGGAGUCCGAAACCAGCGACUCGCAGGAAAAACAAACCGGCGCCAACUCCACCGAGUGGCACUCCAGACAAACACGAGAGAAAAGUAGAUGAUAAGCCUCCUCCCGCACCAGAUAAACCUCCGAGACCGCUGGCAACGGCGACUUUAAAUAGAGCGACUUACAAGGCACAAAAACAUGAGGUGAAUUCGGAAUUGAUAAAUCUGCACUAUAAUAAGCCCGAGAAGCCGGCGGAAAAGGUGGAGAAAAACAUAGAACGUGAUGUGAAGCCUUCAGGAUGUGAAGUUUCGAUGAAAGCAGAUAAUCAGGUAGAACCUGUCGAGUGUCAGCUUGAAUCUCGAAAAGAGCUAUUAGAAAACCUUCCGAAAACGAAUUACCAUACUGAGAAAAGUGUGGAGGAAGUAAAGCCUAUAGAUAGUAUAGGGUUUGAAGCCCUGAAUGCGAAGACGGAAUCCGAUAUUUGCAAUAAACCAAGUUUAGAUUCUGAGCAAUUAGAAGGUUGCGUACCGAAAUCGAAAUCCGUCCCCACUGAAAAGACUUGUCCAAUAACGCAAGAGCGGCGGCCGAUACCUGUAGCAGCACCGAGAAGUAUAACGAAUAUAGCGCUUCAAAAUACAGAUGACGGCGUGGAACUAAGAAAAAAGUCGGACAGUCCAAGUGCAUCAGAAAAAAACAGUAAACCUGCAAUUCCGGAAAGGCCAGCUGGUCUAGCACGGCCAUCGAGUCUUGUGAGACCACAACCACGCCAUAGUAAUGAAAAUUUGGAUAACGAAUCAGGGCUGCUAACUCUGGAGCGAGCACACAUGUAUUCGGUGGAUAAGCAACAGGUCAGUAUAAUACAAGUGCGUGGAAACAACAGUACAUACCACGUAGGCGAGACCAAUGGAAAUACGGGUUCCAACUUGCAGAGAAGUCCUAGCGUCGGUAGCCGACCGUCGUCCAUGUCUCUGUCAGGCGAUCGACCCGAGAAGCCACCCCGACCCGAUGCUCCUGAAACUAAGGCCCACACCAGAACAAGGUCCGAGGGCAACAUAAUCGACGUUCAAACCCAGACUGACACUAUUAUUGUCUCCAAGUCGACGCAGCGACCCUCGCCAGUCUCGCCUAGGUUUCUACAACGACCGCCAAGACCUCAACCUCCACCUCCUCCGCCCCCGACUGCACGAACCAAGUCAGAGCAGGAAAGUACCAACCUAUAGAAUUCAUACACUCAUAGCGAUUAGAUUUCUUCAAUAUUCCAUCGUCUUCUCUAUUAAGCAAGUCUUAUGAAAACAUGAGAGACUAUUCAGCGAACUUUGUUACAGUUUCCCAUUCAGAUCUUGACAUUUGGAGUUGAGAACUGAACUUCAAAUAAGCAAAGCUAAAAGAUCGUAGUCUGCAAUUCUAACCUUUAAAUAUGCCUGACGGGUAACAUGCUUGAGCUUGAUAAUAGCGUCAUAUGACAAGCGAUCUAUUGGGAUCUGAAGUCUUGGGUGCGCUAGUGUUACGAAUUAUAGCGCAUACGAUUUGAAGAUGCACUUCAAUUUAUACAUAAGUCAUUUUUCGAUUGUUUUGUCGAGUUUGAAACAAUAAUUUUCCUGUUAAAAUAGUUUUUUUCAACUAUUACAUGUAAUGAUUUCACCACAUUAUAAGUCGAAUAAACUUUUAUUAAUGUACAAAAUUUGAUCCAGUAUAUGCAAACAACAUUAAUAAUAGACAAUCAGAACUGAAAUGCUAAUUCGAACCUAACUUUAAGUAACACUUCUUCAGACAAUAAAUGUUUCAUGCAGAAAUUAAUACCAAUUUACCUUAAGUCUAUAUUUGUAUAAAAUUAAGUUUAUACAGAUGUAUAAUGUGUAGAAUCUUACAUGAUAUAGUAAAAUAAUUGUCUUUUCUUUGUAGAAAAAGGCAGUUUUAAUAGUUUUAAAGCAAUAGAUGACGUCUCGCCGUUCUGCAAUUCCCAAUUGGGAAGCUGGACGUAAUUAAGACAUUCUUAAUAAACAAAAGCAGUGAAUAUUACAUUUUUUCUAUCAAUAUUGUUUCGCUAUUAAACUGCUAUCCCAAGUUGCUACCCAAUAGUUUCAAAAUAGUGGCAUUCAUCCGACUUGGGAGCUAUGUUGAAAUUAGGGAUGGUCAGUUGUCGAAAAAAAUCAAUCGAUUUAAAGAAAUGUAAGGCUCGAUUGUUCCGAUUAAUCAGGCUGAAAAAUUGAUCUCUUAAAAAAAGAUCGAUAUUUCAGGAUAAGUUAUCAUUUUUUUAAACUGAGAUUUCUUUUUUUUCAAUACCGUAUAGAAGUAUCGUAUACAGUUAGAGAAAUUACGUUUGAUAGUACACACGUUUUGCGAUUCAAGUAGAGUUUAUUAAAUCCGAAUUAUAACUUUAUAUUUGUAUGAUAUAUGCAAUUAACGAACGAGGUCGGAGCUGUGUUGUGAGAAGAACGUGUUGUUGAAACACGUGCAUUCUAGAUUAAUCUAAAAAUCUACCCCCGGUCCCCUCAUUCCGCGUCGCACACUGAAUUCCUUGAUCUCCGGCAGAAUAACGAGGCUAGAACCGAGUAAGUCACGCUUACCCCAAAAGGGAUUUGGUCUAAUGGUAUAAUAAUGAUAAUAAUAGUGUCUAACAUAUGUAUUAUUAUCGAUUAUAAAAUGUAUUUGAAUCGCAAGACGCCAUAGGCAACAAUCUAUGAUAGUGCCCUACCGGUUCUUCAAACUCACAAUGGUAUAGAAAAUCGAGUAUAUAACUUUUUCUUUCUCAGUAAAAAUCUUUUUUAUGACAAAUAUUUUAAAAUACCAACAUCGAUGACAGUAAUGGAUACAAUGAAAACGAAUUGAAAUUGCCCAUCCCUAGUUACAAAAAGCAGAUGCGAUUUACUUUCAUACUUAUAAUUAUCUCGUCGCUUCAACCGAUUUUGACUGUGAUGUCACAAUGGCAGAAAAAAUACUGAAAACAGUGAAUGGAAUGCAAUAGAAAUUGAAGGAAAAGAUAAUCUUGUUUUUUUUUUCUGUUUUUACCAUUGUUGUUAAAAUUAAAAAAAAAAAAUUUUAUAGUAUUUUUUAUCCUUAUUUUAAAAUUAAUCGCCGUGAAAGUAUUUUAUAUAAUUUAUCAUGGUUUUUCAUUUCAGAAAACCUAGUUAUUAUACAAUAAUAUUCCCAAAAAUGUUCUUAAAGCAUUUCAUCAUUUACUUAAAUUCAAAAAACAUUAAAGGACGCGCUAAU